AUGCAUAACAUUAAUAGAUUGCAUCAAAUGAAUACAAAAUGCUUUCUUUUUGAAUUAGAGAAGUUUAUAAUAACUUUAAAUGUGGAGAAAACAAUCUUAAAGAAAGUUAAAGAUGUUCUUAUAAAAGCGGAUAUUACAUUUGCAAUGUUUUUAACAGGAGUAAAAUUAUACAAAGAAGUAAUAAAGAAAAGACGAGAAUUUAUUAAGAAGUAUGAUCUAACUAGAAUUGGUUUGAAAGAAUUUAAUGAUAAAAGACCUGAAAUUAUUACAAAUAGAAUUGUGACAGAUUAUUCAUAUGAGGAAGAUAAAAUUGUUUUUUACACUGAUAAUAUUUCUGAAAUAAAGUUAGUAAAGAAAUUAUUAAAUGAUGAAUACCUGAUUAUAAUAACAUGCUUUAUGAUGUCAUGUAAAAUAUAUCAUGAUUUAGGAUUCACUAAUGAAUGUUGGCAGAAUGUCUCAAAAAUUAACUGUAUUGAUCUUAAUAUAACAGAAAUAUUAAUUUUUGAAUUAGUAAAUCAUAAUCUCUAUAUACCCGGAGAAGAGUCUAUUUUUAAUGAAAUAAUUGAUGUUUUAAAUGUUAAAGAAACUUCAUUUACGAAGUUUAAAAAAGGAUUUAAAAGUAUGUUUUGUUUUAAUUAA